GUUUUGCUUGCUCGAGCUCGCUCAGAUAAAAACACAGCGAGAGGAAGGAAGCAACGACAGCAACCCAUCUUUGAAGUACUCCUCCUCAGUUAGCGUUUUUACCGAAAAGCUGCCCGCUGGACGCCACGGAGAGUUUUAUAAACCCUUUUUAGCUUUUAUAUUUGUGCUUUGAUACAGCCGCUACCUCCGUCUACAUUCCUACUGCCAGCUGGUUGACUUUGACGCAAUGCCUUCAGAAAAAACCUUCAAACAAAGAAGGACAUUCGAACAGAGAGUAGAAGAUGUCAGACUGAUCCGAGAGCAGCACCCCAACAAGAUACCUGUGAUCAUUGAGAGGUAUAAAGGAGAAAAACAGCUUCCCAUCCUGGACAAGACCAAGUUCCUGGUGCCAGACCACGUCAACAUGAGCGAGCUCAUCAAGAUUAUCAGGAGGCGCCUCCAGCUCAACUCCAACCAGGCCUUCUUCCUGCUGGUCAACGGCCACAGCAUGGUCUCUGUGUCUGCUGCCAUCUCCGAGGUUUACGAGCGGGAGCGGGACCAAGAUGGCUUCCUCUACAUGGUGUACGCCUCCCAGGAGACCUUUGGCUCCGCUAUGACCGCCCAGUGAACAGCCUGCCUUCUGUCUGGCAGGCCAUUGGACAAUCAGUAGUUCUAAGCCCCCUCCAUGUUUCCUGCGACACACCUUUAGUGUAACGACUAAAACACAAACUGCUAAAUCUAAACACAGCGUGAGAUAAUUUCCCAGCUUGAACUGGUCCAGGUUGCGAUCUCUAAAUUACGACUGCAGCGAGCGAGUCGUCUGUUCGUGUGCCACCACACUCUCCCAGUAGCAUAACGCCACAAUGGUUGACCAGAACACAGAGUUUAAGUAAAGAAUUCCCUAAAUUAGACCAUGACUCAGGCCAAGAGAGUCUUCGGUGUCUCUGCUUCUUUAUUGUCCUCUCUGUUGACUCAUGUCCGCUCUCAUGGCAACGUGCAGCUUGUUGACGGCAGUUAUUUUCAGUAUUGCGUUUAAGUGUCUCCGAGGCUGUAUUUAUGUUAAUGUAUAUAUACAUUUCAGGUAGUGAUAUUACAUAAAAGUGGCGAGGCUCCACCACUUGUCUAUAUAUACAUUAGCCGAUGAACAAAGCCAACCUUUUAUUUAAAGGUUUUUGGAGACAGGAACUAGAGAAAAGUGUGGGAAGUGUGUGUGGUUUUUUUUGUUUGUUUUAUUGCAGUUUAAAGGUAAAAACUAAGGGAUUUGUAGUCUGGAUCAGAGUUAUUUUGCCAGAGCGCAAUGCAAAAAUGAAGUAGAGAGGAUCCUCGUUGAUGAGCGGAUCUCUGCCGUGUGUGUCGUCACAUUCCCCUCAGUGGUCCUUCUUUGGUGUUUUUAUCCCUCCCUGCCUUGUAGCCUAAAGCAUCUUCACUGUAACAUAGAGAUGUUAGGAAACUGCUUUUGCUCUCGAAACAGAUGAUUGUAGUUUGCAAAAAAAAAAAAAGAAGAAGAAAAAAAGCCUUGGUGUACAGAUAAUAUUGACUUUACGGCUUCGAUUAUAAAAGGGGUUCUGGUGAGAGUGUAACCAAGUUGACUUUGGACACACUACAAGGAGCAUGGUCUGAGUGCAUGUGUGAAUGGGGGAUGUUUCUGUAGACGCUGAUGAGGGGAGGUGGAGGGGGGAGUUGCCAUUUCCUUUGCCUAUUUAAUCUCCUUCGUCACGAGUAUUUAUAAAGGCGAUGAAGGAAUGUUAGGAAGUCAGAACACGAGCGAAACACGGGCAGGUUGACGAGCAUCACGUCCGACUGGUUCAUCUGUGUUGUGCCUCUGACCCGCCGGGCUCGUUUCCCACAGCUGUCGUCGUUGUUCCGGUUUCACUUCGCUGAAAGCCAACGGGCACGCUCACCCGCGGGGAGCCCACCCAGCGAGUUUUCACCGUCUGCACUCAUAAAACAAAACAAAACAAAUACAACCUGUCUGUCUGUAGAUGUUCCUCUGUACUGACGUACUUCUCCUCCUCCUCAUCCGCAUCGUCGUCUUUUUACCAGACCGUUUAGCUGCUUUUAUAUCGCAGUAUUUUAUCUUUUUGGUUCUUUUUAUUUAAUGUGAUUUUAUUCCAUUGUAUGCCAUUGUCUUUACUCUUCGCUGUCUACAGUGUGUGAAGUGUAACGGUGACUCUUUCUUUUUCUGACUGGUGAAAGCCACUGUGUGUCUGUUACAGAGGGGUGGAGCAUUUGUUUCAGUGCUGUCCUUUCUGCCUGCUCCUCGGUUUCACGCACACACAUAUCCACACACAGCAAUAUCACACAGCCUCCUCGUGUGUAUUUAUGUUGGUAUUUUGUAAACAAUAAAAACAGAAGAAAAAAAAA